AUGCCGCUGAUUCGCAGGGGAAACUGCGCCCUGGAGUACCUCGCCGCCGGCAACAAGACGCUCGCGGAUGGCUCUCCUGCUCCGGUGAUCACGUUCAUCCACGGCGCAGGCGGGAAUGCAAUGACGUGGUGGGGUACUACAUCGAGCUUCGUUGCCAUGACCAAAAUGGGACAGGUGACUCCCGAGAGCGGGCAAAAGGAGUACUACACCAUCUGCAUCUCCAUGCGGGGCUGGGGUCAAUCCCGCAUCGACGCGGAAGAUCCCAUCGAGUUUAUGAAGGCGGAGCACUUUGUGCCCGAUCUGCUUGCGGUGCUGGAUGCUGAGGGUGUGCAGGAGACGGCACUGGUGUGCCACUCAUACGGUGGCUUCGUCGGUGUUCUCUCGGCCUACACGGUGCCCGAGCGCGUGACGGCACUGGUGAUGGUGAGCACGAAGUUCGGCUUGAAGUUUGCAGACGAGGCCGAGGAGCAGAUGCGCUCCGACUUUGAGAGGGAGGCUGCCGAAUCACGAUGUAUGUUCCCCAACUUCGAUGCAAAGGGCUGCCUCGAGCAAAUCCGUUCGCGUCUGUCUGACGAGCGCCUGCGUGCGCUGCCGUCCAUUGAUCCGAAGGAGCGCGUCAUGUCGUACAAGAAAUGGUUCGGUACGCAUGUGAUGAAUCUGCGAUUUCAGAUCGGCCAGAUGAAUCAUCAGCUCAACGAGAUGGGCCUCCUCUCCGAUCCCGCGAAGCUGCGCAUCAUGACGGAUCCCGUCGAGGAGCUUGGUGUCGACGCGCCAACGUUCCGCGCGAGGUUCUCGGGGAAAGUCCAUUUUAUGGUUCCCUUGGAUGAUGCGGCAGUCCCGUGGGAGUUUUGCGCCUUGAUGGCUGAGAGGCUUGGGGGCAGCUUUGAGGAGUUUGAUCCCGGGAUGGGCGACCACUCGAUCAUGUUCUUCUCUCCGGACGAGUGCAACAAGCGGAUCCGUGCGGCGCUGGAGUCGUAG